AUGAUCAGAACCAGAAAAAUGGAUGAGGUAUCGGGGGAUAUAAGGCUUUGGUACUUACAAAGCAAGGAUGUUUUGAUCUUAAUCCUUAAAGUAUUUCUGGAAUUAUUGCCGUUUAAAGGUUAUAAAAUGGUCGAAAUGAGGUUCAAUGUCAAGCCAAAGUGUCUGCCUUUCCCUCAAAAAUACGUCAAAGCGCUCUUCCACACAGGCCAUGGAAGUUUCAAGGGAGAUUCAAGUGAGAGCCAAGAAAGCUGCAGGGAAGAUUCAAGUGAGAGUGAAGAAAGCUCCAGUGAAGAUUCUAAGCAACCACGGCAAUCACGACAAAAUUAUCCAUUCAGUAUCUCCACCAACGUUGUUUCCAAUAAGGGAAAGUUGCCAACAUGUGAAGGCUGCAAUAGCCAGUUGGAAAGAGAAGCUAAGAGAUUAUUAGUCAAGGUCCCAAGCAACGUCAAGAAAGGGUGGAGUGUUACAAGGUCUUAUCACUUUCUCCGGGCCUGCCUCACUAAGCUACCUCAAGAGCAGUACGACGAGGCCAUGCGACAACUGCGAGUACGAACAACACGAGCACGGCAUCUGCAGAGACAAGAGUUAAUUGGAAGACAAUAG